UCUUCCGUGUCGUCGGACGAGGAUACCACCGCGGUGCUGUCGACUGCCUACUUCUGGCAGUACAACGCCCAGUGCAAGGGGCCCAAGGCGGUGCGUCUUAUCGGCGAGCACUCGCUGACGACCGCAGCUUCCGGAGCCGCCUUUCUGCUCAGCUCAACGCAGGCCGGCCCCGGAGUCUACUUGCACUCGAACGACGGCCUGCCGGUCCACGCAGAGGCUGGCGGCCAGCGGUCGUGUCUCGUCGUGCCCUGUCCGAUUGCGCCCCAUUCGCUGCCCGGCUAUCCGCUGGUCGUGUUCGAGGAUCCGGUACAGAAACGCCACGAUCUGGUCCACUGCUCCAAGUUGCGCCGAGGCGAUGGCAACGACGUCACGCCGAACCUGUCUCGUCUGCGCGCCAUGGGCGAGGAGCUGGAUCGUCUGUCGGGCCAGAUAGCCAGACAGGGCGAGAUCAUCCUGGCGGGAGCGGGGAUCGCUUCAACCGUCGCCACGACGGCUGCUAUGGCGGGCGGCGAGCCGUCGCCGUGCGCGUCGCCGUCCACCACCUGCUCGAGGUCAACCUCGGCGUUGACCUUGGCGUUGCCAUCAGCCUCGGCGUUGGUUGUGCAGCAGACGCUUGCAGGGCUGAGCACUCAAGAUCAGGCCUGGUGUGUGGAGGAGGCGAAGCGAGAAAAGAAUAAACUAGCAAGCAAGUGA